AUGUUUGCAAGAUGUGUUCCGAGGCAAGCAGCCCGUAGGGUAGUGAGAUCGAUCAGGUUGUCCCAUCAGAUGCCCACGAAAAGACGCUACUCCAACUCAAGCAUGGCUCCUACAGCCGAUGCUCCGUCUCCUGGAGCAGCUUUGGGAGGUUUGAAUACAGAGCUAGACAAGUUGUCCCCUCGCUUUGAUAUCUCAUCCUCACAAAUUGAGAUCCUGAGGUCUCCGUCCGAUUUCUAUGAGACCUUGAAGGCAAUAGGACAGACCAAGAUCAGAACAGCUGAACGGAGAAUCUACCUGUCCACGCUGUACAUUGGCAAGUCCGAGCACGAGUUGAUCCAAACCAUCCAAGAAUCUCUGAAACGCAACCCCAAUCUCAAAGUUUCCUUCCUGACGGAUUCCCUCCGAGGAACCAGAGAGACACCAAAAGCAUCAUGUGCUACACUGCUAGCAGCUCUGAUCGACGAGUUCGGCCCAAACCGUGUUGAAGUAUGCAUGUACCACACACCAAACCUGACCGGAAUCCGCAAAUCCAUCAUCCCCAAACGCAUCAACGAAGGCUGGGGAUUACAACAUAUGAAACUCUACGGUAUUGACGACGAGAUCAUCAUGUCAGGCGCAAACCUCUCAUCCGACUACUUUACCAACCGUCAGGAUCGGUAUCAUCUGAUCUCUUGCAAACGUAUCACCGACUAUUUUGCCAAGGUGCAUGAUACAGUGUGUAGCAUCAGCUACCGCGUGGUACCGAAUGCUUCUGCACCUGGAGGCUUCAACCUAGCCUGGCCGACCACAAACGCUCAUCCGGCUCCCUUGACAGAUCCCAAGGAGUUCAUCAUUCAAGCCACCAACCUACUUGCUCCUCUGCUAAAGCCUGCCACCACAUCUCUUGCACAGACAACCCAAACGGAUACACAAAUCUAUCCUCUGCUGCAACUAACACCUCUCCUCAAACCUGAUACAUCGACCGAACUGCCAGCUCUCACCACAAUCCUCAAGAAGUUGGCCACACCAGCGUUCGCAGGGAGCAAAUGGACCUUUACAGCCGGCUACUUCAACAUGACACCCUGGCUGCGUGACUUGCUCUUAGCUUCCAACCCAUCGUCUGCAAACGUGAUUGCCGCCUCACCAUGGGCCAACGGCUUCUACGGCUCCCCAGGCAUCUCAGGCAUGCUACCAGCGGCUUAUACCCUUCUGGGCCGCCGCUUCCUCUCCUCGGUCCAAAAAGCCGGGCUCGCCAACCAAAUCACACUCAAGGAAUGGAGAAAAGGCACCGUCAACACACCAGACGGAUGGACCUACCACGCCAAAGGCAUCUGGGUGACUCUGAAAGAUGAGUGCGGUCCCAGUGUGAGUUUGAUUGGCAGCAGCAAUUACACAAAGAGGAGUUAUAGUUUGGAUCUAGAGGCGAAUGCGUUGAUUGUCACGAGGGAUGUAGGCUUGAUGAAGAGGUUGAGGGAGGAAGAGGAGUGGUUGCAGGAGUAUGCUACCAAGGUUGAUCAGAGGACGUUUGAGAAGACGGAACGCAGGGUUGGGUUGCAUGUGAGGAUUGCCAUGUGGAUCGUGACGCUGGUUGGUGGUGCUCUGUAG